AUGGAUCCACCAAAAACCUCCGAGCUCACUACAGAGAAGAACAAGCACCUCUUGACCCUGUAUGGAAUAGUUCCCAGCAAAGGGAACCUUCUUUAUCACCAGUUGGAAAGAAGAAAGUAUUUCGAUUCGGGUGAUUUUGCCCUCGCGCAAGCUCACAGGUCUUCCGAUAUCGGUACCGUCACAACUGGUAGCGAAUACCCCAUUCGGCGGGAUAUAUCAGACCCUUCGUCUUCAGUAACGAGUUCUGGCAAUCUUGACGAUAACGCCAAUCAGCAUUCACCGACUGAGAAGAAAACUGGCGAGCUGAAGUUAACUAGCCACAGCCACCUUCAACAAGAGAUGGAAGCCCAGUGA